AUGGCAGAUGCAGAGGAGGAGGAGAAGGACAGUGUCGGGGAGCUCCGGCAACCGGUGCAGCCCAGGCCUGCCUCGGAUCUAGCGGAACUCCUAGAGACCGCACCAAGCCAGGACAUCGCAGCGUCUGCAGAAAAUCUCCCUGCAGAGUCUGAGCUAGGCCUUGUCGAAGACAACGCCAUGCAGGACAUGCCGCCUGGUGUCGCGCCAGAUCGCACAGCUUUGGAACAAGAGGAGGAGGCAACUCAGUUGGAGUCGCAAAGCAGCGCGAUACCAAAGCGAGAUGAGCCUCCGGCUUCUAACCUACUGGACCUCUUUGAGAAGGAUCUGCCGCAUGCCGGUGCAACACCGGCAUCCCCGGCUUCUGAAGAUCUGGUCACGGAGUACCUCCCGGCAACCCUCUCCAGCGCCCUCAUGCAGGCGCGGGAGGCAAGAGCUGCGGCCGCGGCUGCCCGG